GGCCCAGGUUCUUCUGGGAUCCCGAUACAGACGACUCUGGGUGUAUGCAGAGGCGGUCCUCCUGUGGUCAAGCGAGGACCACGCAGGCAGGGCAGACUAACGCAGGGGAAGACGCCCAUCUCCCUGCCGAGGUCCAGGUGGUCCUGAAGGGCAGUUCGCUUGGCACUGAAAUGUGGGAGGCACCAGAGUCUGAAGGGUGGCCAAGGCUCACUUAGAACACGAUGUUCCAGUUGUACCGCAGAGCAGGCCAAGGCGGUCUGCAGAGGUACGUGCAGUUUUGUCCCUCACAAUCAGGACAUGCUGCCAGGUUCUGCACCGUCACUGACUAGGGUCAAGGUAAUCUGCAGCUCUUCACCUGCAUAAACAUCACCCGGACUCUGGCUAUGGCCGCCAGAGGCAGGAUGCUGGGUGUCAAGUGCUUAAUGACGCUUCCCAGAGGAGCUGGGUCUUGUUAAAAGAGGGAGUCUAUGUUCUCAGACAAAUGGCCCAGCUGUGGGGAGGGCAGGUCACAUGGCAUCUUUGGAGAUCUGGAGGCGGUGCGCAUGGCUGAAAGGCUGAGGUGAAGGCCACGUGGCACCUGAGUGGAGAAGGGAAUGGCUUCAGCCGAGGCAAGGCUCCCCACAAGGUGACAUGGGCAGAGGGGGACUGUAUGCUAGCAGCUUGUGAGCUCCCCCUGGAGAUCCAGGGCAGCACACAGAGUCACCAGUGCCCCCCUUCAGCCUGCCUGGCUCUGCCGGAGCCUGCAGCAGCCUGGCCUUCCUCAGCAGGCAAGUGCCAACUCCCCAAUCCCUGGUGCCACUGGAAUGCUGGAGGGCACCUUCCAGAAGAUUCUCCUCCAGCUGCAAUGUUGUCCUGCUUCGUGUGGCAAUCAGACACACUGGACUGUGUCCACUGCACGGCGAGGGCUGCCCUCCGUGACUUGCCAGAACCGUAGGCCUAGCAGAGUGCUCACUUGGCCACCGACAAAGCCCUGCUGGCUAUACUGGUCCUGGCAAGGCUGGUGAUCCGUGGUGGGCAGGCGGCCGGACCCUCUCCAGGUACGCACAGGCCACCAGCUUGUUUCUUUCCAUCCAGAGCUCACUGCCAAGAGGAGGAUGGUCAGGCAGGGCGCUGCUCAGGGCACUUGGAGAGAGGAGUUCAGUAGGGGCAUCCAUGAACAGAGGAGCUGGAGAGCCAGCCCAGAGAGUCCCUGGGUGCACUGUGGGGUCAGUGUGCCAGGGUGGCAGGGUUGUGGUCACUAGAGUAGAGGGCUGCAAGCAAGAGGGAAGCAUGCGGUGGGCAGCAGGCAGAGCCAGCACGUGACAGGAAGCACAAGGAGGUGGGAGACCACCAAGAGGGAUGGAAGGAAGACCUCCAGUGGACCGGGAGGCAGGGAGGAUGUCUUCAAGUGGGGUGAGGCGGUUGUAUGGACACUUCUUCUCGGCAGCAAGGAGCCUACGCUACCUGGUGGCUGCAGAUGCUACAGGGGGUGUCGGAUCCCUAAAGGUUCCGGGCUCUGGUGGGCAGGGUUGGCGCUGGACUGGUCCCGUUGGAGGCCGGAUGCACAGGGCAGGGCCCGGUUCCAGCCGCAGCUAGUUGGCGGCACAGCAUCUGCCGCUCGCGCACUGCCCUAUUGGAGGCAGAAGUCUUCCUGAUCUGGGCGCGCCGCGCAUGCCUCAGAGGGGACUUGUAGGUUCUGCGCAACUCCGCCAGGAAGCCCUGGUAGUUGUUCCGCAAGGGGCUGUCUGGCUGCAUGUGGGGAAUGGCCCACUUCUCUGCCUCCCCUGUCAGUCGGGACACAAGGAAGGCCACUCGCUCGGCCUCACCUGGAAAGCGGGAGGCCUGGAAGAUCAUGAAUCUGUCCAUCUGCAUCAGGAACCCUGCCAACUGGCCUGGGUCUCCAGAAAAGGGCUCGGGCAGAGAAGUUGGAGGUGUGGUCAUGGGUCGGGUCCCAUUGGAGCUGAUUGCAGAGAUGGGCGGGGUGAUCUGCAGAGCCCCCGGGAUGCGAGCCCUGGUGCGCAGCAAGGUCAGCUCGGCCAUCACGCUCUCCAGCAUGUUGGUGAGGUUGGCCUUCUCGGCCCGCAGCGUGGAGGCCUCCCGCCUCAGCGCAGAGUUGGUGAGGCGCAGGGAGGUCAGGGUGUCGAUCACGUCAUCCAUCUGAGCGUUUGCAGGAGCUGCCGAGGCCGUGCUUUCGGCUUUGGAGGUCUGCGGCUGGACCAUGCUGGCCGGGGUCAGCCGCGGGCUCAGGCCCACGGGUGGGCGCAGAAGCACCGGGAAACAGAACCUGAGGCCUCGGGUCAGGAGCGAGGGCGGGUGGGGCGGCGCAGGCCCAGGGACGCGGGCAGGCCUCGGGGUCCGGAUGCGGCUCCUCGCGGCAGACCUCGCGGCCCCGGCGGCGGGCGAGGCGGGCGGGCUCCGGGCCUGGGCCUCCGCGGCUUCCUCCGCGCUGGGUCCGCCGCGCCGGCCGCGACCAAGAUGGCCCGCUCGGGGACGCGACCAGGCGGAUGAGUCACCGCGGCGCCCGCGCGGAACUGCUUCCCGGUCAGCGCGGGGCGCGGGCGGCGCGCGGCCUCCGGCAGGUGCAGGCGCCGGCCGAGCGGGGCCGGGCGGGGCCGGGCGGGGCGGCGGCCGAGGGCGGUCACCGCGCGGCCUUUGUGCGGGCGGGGCCGACGGCGGCGGCGGCGGCGGCGGCGACGCUGGGGCCGCGCUCAGGCCCAGCCGGUUGUCGUGGAGACCGCCGGGCUCCCGAGCGCCAGGCGGCGGCCGAGGCCCCGCCCCCGGAAGUGGCGCGAAGCCCCGCCUCCUGGGGCAAGGGCCCUGACCCUCCGCGGCAGCCAAUCGGCGGCGACCGUGGCUGCUGCUAUUCCAGUACUGACAGAGGUGCCUCAGGUUCUUUAAACGCUUACAAAGGUCCUUUUGUUCCCCAGAACAAAUGCUGAGGAGUGAAAGUAGAGCAAAGGACCAACUCCUUGACUGGAUAUCCAGAUGCCUUCCCAACUUGACCUCGCUGAGCUGCUCCUGAGUGGGAGUUCCAAGCCAGGGCCUGACUGAAGAAAGAGGACCCUCUGGACCAGUCUUCCCAGGACACAGUCUGAGAGGGGGGCUGGAGCUGGCACAGGACCUGGCACGGGAUUGAACUCAUUCGGACCUCUGGCUUUCACUCCAAGAUGGGAAUAGGGUGUGGGUGUUAGUACUUGGAUAGGAUGCUCUAUGGCAGUGUGACCAGCUGAAAACCUCUAGGGCACAAAGCAAAGGAAGAAAGAAGGAGCUGUGUCCUUAAACAACUUAGUGAGACCUUCCACAUGAGAAGGGCGCAGGAGCUGCACUAAAUUUGACCGAGGACAGUAACUUUGAAAACAGAAACUGACCUGGUUCCCUCUGGCCAAACACACAGAGGAAUCCUGGCCUCUCCCAUGAGUCCUCCAUCAGUCUCUCUUCCAGGGCAUCAGGGUUGCUGUGCACCUGAGUGAGUUAUCUGCUGGAAUUCCAGGAGUGGAAUUCCAGGUGUGGUUGACACCAUACACCUUAAAUUCCCAGGGGCAUCGAGUAUAUGUUGCACCCUCAUUCAGAAAUGAAUAA